AUGUUUUGGCGAAGGAGAGAUGACAAAAUUGUAUCGCUGCUAUUGGAUGGAUGGUUUCGAGAGUCAUCUCCGCUGUCAAAAAAGAAGAGUAUCAUGGUAGUCUCGCCGGGUAUUGGCAAGUCGACGCUGUUGUGCGUGAUGGCUUUCCUUCUCGUUUUCAAGCACAAAAAGAUGUGCUGGGUCGUGCAGUUUACAGUGGAGGAAUGCGAAGACCGGACUGCGAUUAACAUAUAUAAAGAGCUUGUCCGUCAACAAGGCAAAUUGAACGUAUGGCUGUUGCUGGAUGGAUUGUAG